AUGUCUACUCAAUCGAGUUCUCAAAUUGGUGCCUCAUCUAUUAAUCUUCCAUCGUUAAAGCUCAUUCCCGUAGAACAGUCCGAAGAAAGCAGUAAACAUUUAGGUCAUGGUCAAUGGCUGGAAUUAGAUGAAAUCGAAUAUAUUGUUCCUCAUACGAACGAAAGGAAAGGUUGGGAAGUAUGUAGACGCAAGAAACGCUCGAAACCUACUUCUGAUGCUGUCGAUGCGGUCGACCUACAUGCGAUUAUUCAUUCUUCGGCGUCUCCUCCCACUAUAGUACUAGUCGUUCAAUACCGACCUCCCAUAAAUUGCUACUGUGUUGAGUUUCCAUCAGGCUUGAUCGAUCCCGACGAGACUGUGGAACAAGCAGCACUCAGGGAACUUCGAGAAGAGACAGGAUACACUGGAAUAGUCAAAAGUGUUUCAGACGCCGUCUGUUAUGAACCGGGCUUAACGGAUUCCAAAACCAAAGUUGUGACUGUGGAAAUAAUCAAGUCAUCAUCGCCAGGGGAGAAUGAACUACAAGAAUUGGAUGAUGACGAAUGGAGUUUACAUGUUAUUCAAGUUCCACUGAAUAAUUUAUUUUCCACGCUAACAGAGUUGAAGGCUCGGAAUCCCUCAACUCUUUCAAUCGAUAGUAGACUGUAUGCCUACGCACUUGGAUUACAUACUGCAAGCACACUUCUUUCACCCAGCCAAUAG